ACAGGCGGACACAGGUGCCGCGGCCGCCUCUGAAUCAGAGGAGAGGCGCCUCCGCGCCCCAACCAGCUGCUGCUGCUGCUUCAGCCGUCAGCCAAGGGCAGCUCUUCAGAGGCGGCGCGUGCAGAAACAGCCGCACGAGCCGAGCAGCCGCGCGAGCAGCCCACGCGUUGGCGGAAUCAAGGAGGUAGGAAGGCAAGAGCGGUGGGUUGCAAAGCCAAAGGCGGACUGGGUCAGCCAUCGCAGGACGCACGGAAGGGGUCGUUGUGGGAGCACGACGACGACCGGACGGGCUGCCUGAGACUACACUCUGCUACUGGUACAGAAUUUUCCACAAGAUUACAAACAUAAUAGAAGUUUCUGAAGUCCUGGAAGCGAGUGAACAUUCUUGCAGCCUGGCAAAGUGUCAGCACCUAACCUUGAAGAGGGAAGCUUACAUUAAAGUUCUGAGAGAGAAAAUUUUGGUAACCAGAGAAAGCAUCAGCAGCCGCUGUGUGUGAUGGUGUAUUUAUAACUAACACAGGAGUUGAUAUUAUGGCAUAGAUAACACAAAAGGAUUUGCUGAAGAACGACUCACACUUUGUCGAUUGUUUUUCAAUCCUUCCUUUUUACAAAAUAGUCCCCUCCCCCAAACACUGCCAAAAGAUGCCAGCCAAGACACCCAUCUACCUGAAAGCCGGCAACAAUAAGAAAGGGAAAAAAUUCAAGCUGAGGGACAUUUUGUCUCCUGAUAUGAUCAGCCCGCCUCUUGGUGAUUUUCGCCACACGAUUCAUAUCGGGAAAGAAGGACAGCAUGAUGUUUUUGGAGACAUAUCCUUUCUGCAAGGAAAUUAUGAGCUCUUACCUGGGAAUGAGGGAGAGACAGCCAGCCAGUGUGAAGGCCACAAUGAGUUCCUAAGAGCAAACAGCACCUCUGACUCUGUGUUUACUGAAACGCCUUCUCCGGUGCUCAAAAAUGCCAUCUCACUUCCUGCCAUCGGUGGUUCUCAAGCCCUCAUGCUGCCCUUGUUGUCACCAGUGACAUUUAAUUCAAAGCAGAACUCUUUGGGGCCUUUAAGGAACCCCAGACAUAGCUGUGAGCCCGUAAUGGAAGAAAAGUUGCAGGAGAAGAGCAAACACUUGGAGAAUGGGAAAAUAUACAAAGAUGACAUCACAUGGGAGCAGAACAUCCCAACAUCACAUUAUUCUAAUGGAAGACAUAGUCAUUCAUCCAGCCUUUCAGAACAAUACGCUGAAUGGCAAACAGAGGAGUUAUUUGACAACGGCCAUCUUUCAUGUGAUGUAACCAAGACCCAGCCGAAAUCAGAAGACUCCCUUUCAGAUCUGGCAGAGCCUCUUCUUUCUUUGCAACUUGACCUCGGGCCAUCACUUUUGGAUGAAGUACUCAAUGUAAUGGACAAAAACAAAUCAUAGAACUUGCUGCUCUUUUCACCUCAGUCGUUCUUAUAAACACAACUGAAAUGCAUGAGCACCAUCCAGCCAAAGGUAAGCAAUUGAGGCUGCAGACCUACGCACACUUAUUUUGGAAUAAGCCUUACUGAACUCAAUGUGCCUUAGUAAAACAUUAGGUGCACCUAUUGAGAAUGCAUGGGAUUUAAAUAUGCUUAACUUUGGAUGGAUUGUGAUUUGUGUGGUUAUGUACAAAACUAAUGCUCUUUGCAGUUGACGUUUUCUAAAACAAAUGACUUUAAACUAUUUUUUUACUUAAUUUCCAUGAUUUUUGUAACAUUGCAAAUGUCAGACAACAAGAGGACAUAUUUUAACGACACAAUUUUUCAGCCAAAUUAAACUGUUUUCUAAAAACCAAGAGUUGUCAAUGUAAUAUUUGGGAGGAUUCUGCAAGUUAGAACCAUUAAUUCAUUUUCAGGAACGCUUUGCUUUUCAAGGACCCUGUGUGUACCAGGCAUAAAAUUUAUGAAGCAAAGGUUAAAUGUCAAUUAGUUCGGCAUUACUUAAUAUGUAAUUCCUUCCCAGAAUAAUAGUGGAGUUUUUUAAUUAGCAAUGUUUUUCGUUCUGGCUGCACUGUUAUUGUUGAGUGUUAAUGCAUAGCUCUGUGUUCAAAUGGGAAUGAUUUUUUUCUGUUCAGCUAUUAAGGGAAAUAUAUGUAGCUAAUACGAAUAAGGUGCCAUUAACAUUACUGGAGCCUCUUGUGUGAGCUCUUCUCCCAACAUGUCUUGAAUCCUAGACAAUCCAAUCUAAAAGAGAUGAAUUACAUUAUUUUAUGAGCUGAAAUCUAUUUUUAUGCACAUUUACAUUAGGUUGCACACACACACACAACACACACACACACAAAGCAUUGCACCAGUGAGCUGUUGCUUUGCAUUUUCUUGGGAGAGCCAUUGUAUAAACUGUAUAUUUGUGUGCAUUUAUGGAAAAUACGUAUUUGAUCCUUUAGCUUUGUUCCUUCAGUUACUGACAAUGACACACAAAUCUUUAAAAUUUUGCAAUGGGUUGUUUUAUGAUUUUAGAGGAAAGCUCAAAGGAGAUUGUGCUGCAGCAAAUGGUACUUCAGGGAGUAUAGAGAUGUCCCUGCAUUGGUUAAAUACUUUGUGCAAUACAAUAAAAAAUAAAU